AUGCCACCAGCUCCGACACAAGGUCCACCACUGGCGAUGCAGGGACAGUACAUGCCGAACGUUUCCCGUCCUCAGAUGACGAGUGUGGCCAACCCGCCAGUGGUUGCAGGAAACAUCCAGUAUGGUCCGUCGUACAAGAUGCAGUAUCAGCGAAGAUCGACGGCUGACAAGUCAGCAGUGAAGUACACAGGAUUUCUCCCGCUCGAAGGCGUCUACGAGGAAGACACAUGCCGUAUUGGAUGA